CACCUAAUCAUCUCUCUGGGGCUGAAAAAAGCCCUCUCCAUGUCUGCUCAUGAUAAAUCCAUGAAAACCACUGAGGAAGUGGCUCUUCAGAUCCUCUUGCUUUGCCAGUUUGGAGUUGGGACUGUAGCCAAUGUCUUUCUGUUUCUCCAUAAUGUAUCUCCAGUCUUCACUGGUUCUCAACAGAGGCCCACACAGGUGAUUUUAAGCCACAUGGCGGUGGCCAAUGCCCUGGUUCUCUUCAUCUCUUCAUUUCCAAACAACAUGAUGACUUUUUCUCUAAGAUUCUCUCCAACUGACCUCAAAUGUAAAUUGGAAUUCUUCACUCGCCUGGUGGCAAGAAGCACAAACUUGUGUUUCACCUGUGUCCUGAGUAUCCAUCAGUUUGUCACUGUUGUUCCUGUUAAUACACUUAAAGUUAUACUCAGAUCAAGUGUCCCAAAUUUGGCGAUUUAUUCUUGUUACAGUUGUUGGUUCUUCAGUGUCUUAAAUAACAUCUACAUUCCAAUUAAGGUAACUGGGCCACGGAUUACAGAUAAUAACUCUGACUCUAAAAACAAGCUUUUCUGUUCCAAUUCUGGAUUCAGUGUAGGCAUUGUCUUCUUGCGGUUUGCCCAUGAUGCCACAUUCAUGAGCAUCAUGGUCUGGACCAGUGUCUCCAUGGUACUUCUCCUCCAUAGACAUCGCCAGCGAAUGCAGCACAUCCUCACCCCCAAUCAGAACCCCAGAGGGCAACCUGAGACCAGAGCAACCCAUACUAUCCUGAUGCUGGUGGUCACAUUUGUUAGCUUUUAUCUUCUAAAUUUUAUUUGUAUCAUCUUUCAAAAUUUUUUAAUAGAUUCUCGUCUCUUUAUGAGGCAUGUCGGUGAAGUCUUCGUUGCAGGUUUCCCCACAAUUUCUCCCUUAUUGUUGAUCUUCAGAGAUCCUAAGGAUCCUUGUUCUGUGCUUCUCAGCUGUUGA